AUGAGCAUAGCUUUACUUGGGAGAUCAACGAGUAGAUACCUAAGAUCCUACAAAGCACAGAUGAGUACUGCUUCGAAAAACGUCCUCUCCAACGGCUAUAAACAGCUUGAAUCGGACUUUAUUAAGCCUGAUUUGGAUGACCGCUCAUACCGAUUUAUCCAAUUGCCAAACGAUUUGAAAGCAUUGAUUAUUCAGGACCCAACAACUGAUAAAUCUGCAGCAGCAUUAGAUGUCAAUAUUGGCGCUUUCUCUGAUCCGGAAGAAUUGCCUGGUUUGGCACAUUUCUGCGAGCAUUUGUUAUUUAUGGGCUCUAGGAAGUUCCCUGAUGAGAACGAGUAUUCCAGCUUCUUGAGUAAACACGGUGGAUCAUCCAAUGCAUACACAGGUGCCCAGAAUACUAAUUACUAUUUUCAAGUGAACCAUGAGCACUUGAAGGGGGCCUUGGACAGAUUUUCUGGAUUUUUCACUGGCCCUUUAUUCAGUAAGGACUCCACAGACAAGGAGAUCAAUGCAGUCGAUAGUGAGAAUAAGAAGAACUUACAAAAUGACAUAUGGAGGCUCUACCAAUUGGAUAAAUCUUUAUCGAAUCCAAGCCAUCCAUACCAUAAGUUUUCGACAGGUAAUCUAAAGACACUGAAUGAAAUUCCAAAAUCUAAAGGCGUUGAUGUUCGCAACGAACUGUUGAAUUUUUACAGCAAGUACUACUCAGCGAACCUCAUGAAAUUGUGUGUUUUAGGGAGAGAAGAUUUGGAUACUUUAUCGGAUUGGGCUUAUGAACUGUUCUCAGAUGUGCCCAAUUUACCACGUCCCGCUCCCGAAUUCGAGGCCUCUAUUCUUGACGGCGCUUACUUGAAGAAAUUCAUCCAUGUUAAGCCAGUGAAGGAUUUGACAAAACUCGAGGUCACUUUUGUUGUGCCUGAUGUAGAGGACCACUGGGAAUCGAAACCAAACCAUAUUUUAAGCCACCUGAUAGGACAUGAAGGAUCAGGCUCGUUACUGGCACAUCUCAAGAGCUUGGGUUGGGCAAAUGAAUUGUCCGCAGGGGGCCACACCGUUUCCAAGUCAAACGCAUUUUUCUGCAUUGACAUUGAUUUGACAGAUGAAGGUUUGAAACACCAUGAAGAUGUCACACAUACUAUUUUCCAGUACAUUGAAAUGCUGAAAAACUCUUUGCCAGAAGAAUGGAUCUACUUAGAAUUGGAAGAUAUUUCCAAGGCUUCUUUUAAGUUCGAACAAAAGAAAAAUUCUUCUGGUACUGUCUCCUCCCUGGCCAAAGCACUAGAAAAGGACUACAUUCCUGUUAAAAGUAUUUUGGCUACUAGCCUGCUUUCAAAGUAUGAACCGGACCUGAUUACAAAGUAUGUGCAAUCUUUGAAUGUUGAAAACUGUCGUAUCGUAUUGAUCUGCAAAACUUUCAAGACAGAUUCUGUCGAAAAAUGGUAUGGAACCGAGUACUCUACGGUCGAUUUUAGUGCAGAUCUUUUAAAGAGACUUCAGCACCCAGGGCUUAACUCUCACUUGCACCUACCACGGCCAAACGAAUUUAUUGCCACCAAUUUCAACGUAGAUAAACUUGAAAAUGUUGAACCUCUGGAGGAACCAUUGCUACUCAAGGAUGACAAGAUUAGCAAAUUAUGGUAUAAGAAGGAUGACAGGUUUUGGCAACCACGAGGCUACAUCUACACUACUUUCAAGCUGCCUCACACGCAUGCGAGUAUCGUGAACAGUAUGCUGUCAACUUUAUACGUGCAACUGAUCAACGAUUACUUAAAGGAUCUACAAUAUGAUGCUUCAUGUGCUGACUUACAUCUUUCAUUUAUCAAGACAAAUGAAGGAUUGGAUAUUACCAUUACCGGUUUCAACGAUAAGCUAAUCAUUUUGCUAACGCGUUUCUUGGAAGGUCUAAAGGCUUUCAAGCCCGACAGAAAAAGGUUUGAAAUAUUCAAGGAAAAAUCAAAGCAACAUUUGAAUAACCAAUUGUAUGAGAUUCCUUAUUCCCAGGUUUCAUCGCUAUACAAUUCAUUGGUGAACGAAAGAUCAUGGACCGCUGAAGAAAAACUCGAAGUGGUUGAGCAGUUAACUUUUGAACAAUUGGAAGCAUUUAUCCCGACCAUUUUCGAAGAGAUGUUCUUCGAAACACUUGUCCAUGGUAACAUCAAGUACGAAGAAGCAGACCAAAUAGAUUCAUUGAUUCAGAUGCUUCGUUCCAACAGUGUCAGUAACUCACAGAUAAAGAAUGCCAGGAUAAGAUCAUAUGUACUACCAUUGGGUAAAACCCACAGGUAUGAGGCUAAACUAGCAGACACUCAAAACGUCAAUUCCUGUAUUCAAUACGUUAUUCAACUAGGAGUUUACGACGAGGCUCUAUCUGCCAUAGGUAGAUUAUUUGCUCAAAUGCUACACGAGCCCUGUUUUGACACUUUAAGAACCAAAGAACAACUAGGGUACGUUGUGUUCAGCUCGAGUCUAAACAACCACGGAACUGCCAACAUCCGUAUCUUAAUCCAAUCUGAACACACAACACCUUACUUAGAGUGGAGAAUCGAAUCAUUCUUGGAACAGUUCGGUAAAACUUUGAAAGAGAUGUCAGAUCGUGACUUUGAGAAUCACAAAGAUGCAUUGUGCAAGACUUUAUUACAAAAGUACAAGAACAUGAAAGAGGAGAGCAGUAGAUACACUGCUUCAAUUUAUUUGGGAGAUUACAACUUUUUGCAUCGUCAAAACAAGGCUCGUCUAGUUUCGACACUUACAAAGGCUGACCUCAUCGAUUUCUACGAUUCAUACAUCGCUGGACCCGAAGUUUCUAAACUUGUGCUCCAUUUGAAAUCGCGAGUGGUCGCUGACAACAUCGAUGAAUCCAAAUUGGACAAAACAGUGUAUCCAAAGGGUAAGCUGAUCACAGACGUUGGUGAUUUUAAAUCACAAAUGUUCGUCGCUCCAGCUCGUCAGCCGCCCAAGAAGUUCAAGGUUUUCACGCCUAAAUUUUAA